AUGACCCGAUUCAUCAUGGUAUCUGCCGGAUUUGACGCUUGUACAGGACAUGCCAAUGCACUUGGAGGUUACGAGGUCUUCGCCCCAAUGUUCGGCUUCAUGACCCGGACAACUGCUCCAGUACGCCGAGGGGCCGCGUCGCGCCUCGCGCUUGAGGGCGGCUAUGAAUUGUCAGCGAUUUCGGAUGCUGUUGAGCAUUGCGUGAAGGGAGCCGAUGAGGACGCUGGUCGGUUGAGUGCCGAUGCGCUGGAGGGCAUCCCGUGUAUGGCGGCUCAGGAGACGAUACAGAGCGUGAUCGCCAUCCACAAAAAGCACUGGCCCACCCCUGACGGCCAUCCAGGGCAUCAACACCAGCGAGCUGCAGUGGCAGACCCCUUCCCGAGAAUUGCAGCGGAUGUCGAUGAACCAGAAUUAACACCUGUUUUU